AAAAUAUUGAAACAAUUUAUGUGAAAGAAAACACCCAAAAAGAUGAAACAAAGAUAGGGGGAGGAGUAUAUAACGUAACGCCCAUAAGCUAGCAAUGUUGUGUGUGCCUGGAUCGGCUCUAUUCAUGGACCGUCAUAAUUACUCGAUGCCGCUACUUGCCCUGCUUUUGCUUCUGUCUACCACCCCAUGUAUCGCUAAGAAGCGGCCGCCGUGCAAUUUCCCGGCGAUAUUCAACUUUGGUGACUCGAAUUCCGACACCGGCGGUCUGUCAGCAGCCUUUGGUCAGGCAGGACCGCCGCAUGGACAGACGUAUUUCCAUCAUCCUGCCGGAAGAUACUGUGAUGGCCGUUUGAAGAUUGAUUUUAUAGCUGAGAGGUUAGGGAUACCAUAUCUAAGUGCAUUUCUGGACGCACUGGGGUCGAACUUCACGCACGGGGCCAACUUCGCGACGGCAGGUUCGACCAUCCGACCUCAAAACACAACCCUCCAUCAAAGCGGUUUCAGCCCUUUCUCCUUGAACGUGCAGUUGAAUCAGUUCAGUGACUUCCAUCGCCGCUGGCCUCAGACCGUUAAACUCCACAACAACAGCGCCGUGGCCGAUGUAUUCUCCAGAGCUCUAUACACAUUCGAUAUCGGGCAGAAUGAUUUAACGGCGGGCUACUUCCUGAACAUGUCAACGGAUCAAGUAAGAGAUUAUGUUCCUGAUGUAGUGGAUCAGUUUUCGUCCGUGGUGAAGAGUGUGUAUGAUGAUCAAGGGGGGAGACACUUCUGGAUACACAAUACGGGUCCGGUGGGGUGCCUUCCGUAUGUGUUGGUAAGAGCGGAGGCGGGGGCGGAGGUCGACCAGUGGGGAUGCGCGGCUGCUUUCAACGAGGUGGCAAAGUACUUCAACACCAGGCUGUGGCAUGCCGUGGUCCAGCUGAGGAAGGAUCUCCCGCUGGCUACCCUCACCUAUGUUGAUGUUUAUUCUGUCAUGUAUCACCUCAUCACUCAUCCCACCCAACACGGCUUUGUGCAUCCACUGGAGGCUUGUUGUGGGGGCAGGGGGAUUCAUAAUUACAAGAGGGAAAUAGGAUGCGGAGGGAAGAUGAGGUUAGCCGAUGGAAGACAAGUGUUGGUGGGAAAAGCAUGCGCAGACGCAUCAAAGAGGAUCAACUGGGACGGCGUGCAUUACACAGAGGCUGCUAACAACUGGGUUUUCCACAAAAUCGUUGACGGAGCCUAUUCCCAUCCUCCCACCCCCCUCACAAUGGCAUGCCACACCCAUUAGCAUAAUCGAUCAUUACUUCUUUUCGCAUCUAAAUCGCAACUUUAGUUUCGGACCCUCAAAGUAUUACAAUCAUAUUAUCGAAUCACAAGCUGUCCUUUACAUGAUCCAUCAAACUUUUAUUUUAUUUAAUUGUAUUGAUUCAUUUGUAUACUCAAGUCUAUAUACUUUUGAUGUGUUUAAUUGUA